CUCCCAAGCAAUCCCAAAAUCCUAACAACAAACAAACAAAAAAAAAGGCUCAAAGCUCAGAGCUCUCGGAUUCGUAUUCUCGAAUAUAUAUAUAUAUAUAUGCCAAGAAAAGGAAUGAGGAGCAUUUUCUUCAAGAGUUCAUCUCCAUCACCAAAUUCAUCACCAUCUAGAUCUAUCCCACCUUCUCCAAACCGAACUUUUUCAGAAUCUCUGAUGGACGAGAACUUUGAAAUCGCCGAGUCGCUUAUUACCAAGUGGGACGCCGAUACCUCCCCCUACGCCAAAAUUACUUCUCUCUUCCACGAAGACCGCCAUGAGGCCAAACGGUACCUUAGCUCCGUCAGAGACUUGCAGUCCGCUAUGCACCAUUUGAUUACGCAAAACGCCGCCUCCGAGAAGCUCGUCAGGGGUCAGAACUUGAUGCAAAUGGCUAUGCACAGGUUGGAGAAGGAGUUCUACCAGCUUUUGUCGAUCAAUAGGGAGUCUUUGGAUCCCGAAUCGGUUUCGGCACGGUCGUCCAGAUCAUCGGCGGCCAGGUCGAGUGUUUCCGACUUGUCGGAGGAUGAGUCGGAUGACGAGUUUCGAGUUGCCGGAGAGUCCAACUCCGAGGUGGAGCGAGUCUCGUCCAUUGCGAUGGCGGACUUGAAAGCCAUUGCAGACUGUAUGAUAUCCUCUGGUUAUGGAAAAGAGUGCGUGAAAAUCUACAAGAUUAUACGAAAAUCGAUAGUCGAUGAGACGCUGUAUCAUCUCGGGCUCGAGAGGCUUACUCUCUCGCAGGCGCAGAAGAUGGAUUGGGAGGUAAUGGAGCUCAAGAUCAAGAGUUGGUUGAACGCUGUGAAAGUCGCCGUGAAAACUCUCUUUUACGGCGAGAGGAUCCUCUGCGACGACGUGUUCUCGUCUUCGGCGUCGAUCAGAGAGUCGUGCUUCGACGACAUCUCGAGAGAGGCUGCGAUAAGUCUGUUUGCAUUCCCGGAAAUUGUGGCAAAGUGCAAGAAAUCCCCCGAGAAAAUGUUCCGCACGCUGGACCUGUACGAAGCUAUCUCCGGUCUCUGGCCCGAGAUCGAAUCCAUCUUCUCGGACGAAUCAACCUCGGCAGUCCGUUCGCAGGCCAUCACUUCUCUGAUCAAACUAGGCGAGGCGGUGCGUACGAUGCUCACCGACUUCGAAACAGCAAUCCAGAAGGAGUCGUCGAAGACUGCCGUCCCCGGCGGUGGGGUCCACCCGCUCACUCGUUACGUGAUGAACUACAUCUCUUUCCUCACCGAUUACAGUGGCGUACUCGCCGAUAUAGUCGCCGACUGGCCGUUAGUGGUGCAGGCUCCAUUACCGGAAUCCUACUUUGGGAGCCCCGAUUUAGACGACAGUCCGAUAUCCGUACGGAUAGCGUGGCUGAUCCUCGUGCUCCUCUGCAAACUCGACGGCAAAGCCGAGCACCACAAGGACGUGGCGCUCUCGUACUUGUUCUUGGCCAACAACCUCCAAUACGUCGUCGUUAAGAUCCGCACGUCGAACCUGAAGCUCCACCUCGGCGACGACUGGGUGGCGAAGCACGAGUCAAAGGUCAAACAGUACGCUGCUAACUACGAGCGGAUGGGCUGGAGCAAGGUAUUCGAGUCGUUGCCAGAAAAUCCAACGGCCGAGAUUUCGCCGGAGCAGGCGAGGGACUGUUUUAGGAAAUUCAAUGCGGCGUUCGACGCGGCGUACAAGAAACAAAGCUCAUGGGUCGUUUCCGACCCGAAACUCCGAGACGAGAUAAGAGUUUCGUUGGCGAAGAAGCUCGGGUCGGCUUACCAGGACUUCUAUGACAAGAAUCGGGCCGGGGUGAGGCAGGUGGCCGGGUCGGUGUCGUGUGUCAGAUAUUCCCCCGAUGAUAUGGGAAAUUACUUGUCUGAUCUGUUCUAUGGGACCGGGGUUGCCGGGACUGGGAGUGUUUCGUCAUCUCCCUCCCCGUCCCAUUCGCGUGGUCGGCACAGCGGUUAAUAUCGGGACGGUUGUUAUCACCGGCCCCGGCGUUUUCAAGCGCGUUUUUUCUUUUUUCUUUUUGUGAAUAAGAAAUGUGAAGUUUUUAUUUUUUUGAGGUAAGAAAUGUGAAGUUUGAAUACAAACAAAAGAGAGCGUAGAUAAAAUAUAUUUUAAACGUAUAUAGGGAGCAUGUACAACAAACAAUUCUUUGUUUAUUUUAAGAUAUUUUAGUUUUGGAUA